GGGUUGUUAAAACGAAAUAAAAUAUGCUUAUUCCAACAAAACCUGCACCUAAUUUCAAUGGAAAAGCUGUAAUUAAUGGUGCAUUUAAACAAAUCAAUUUACAUGAUUAUUUGGGCAAAUAUGUGGUAUUAUUCUUUUAUCCUGCAGAUUUUACGUUUGUCUGUCCAACUGAAAUUAUAGCAUAUAGUGAACGCGUUGAAGAGUUUGAAAAAAGAAAUUGUCAAGUUAUUGCCUGUUCAACAGAUUCUGAAUAUUGUCAUUUAGCAUGGACAAAUAUGGAUCGUAAAGCAGGUGGAUUAGGUCCAAUGAAAAUACCACUUUUAGCUGAUACAACAAAAUGUAUUUCACGAUCAUAUGGUGUACUUGAUGAAGAAGAGGGUAAUGCGUUCAGAGGAUUAUUUAUAAUUGAUGGUAAAGGAAUACUCCGUCAGAUAACGGUAAAUGAUCGUCCAGUUGGUCGGUCUGUCGAUGAAACUAUACGAUUGUUGGAUGCAUUUCAGUUCGUAGAAAAACACGGUGAAGUAUGUCCAGCUAACUGGAAAGCUGGUAAGAAAACAAUUAAACCAGAUCCAAAUGCUAGUAAAGAGUUUUUUGCUUCGCCUACAUAAAAUGUUCCUGUUCACUAACACAUAACAAUUAUCGUCUACACAAAAUAAUGAAGUAAAAUAUCUAUAAUAUGCAGUUUCAUUAUUAAAUCGUUCAUUUAUUUAUAUAUGCGUCAUUGUUUAAAUAAAUUGAUGAAAAAGAUAGUUUAAU